GGGAAUGCAUACUUGCAUUGUCACUCUAAUUGUAAGAAUAUUCCGAAACUGUGGGCAGAAGAUGGUAAACCUUCCCAUUUUUGGGGAGGUAUCAAUUCUUUCUGUUGGUGUUGUACCCUUUUGUGUGGCAUUUGCAAUUUUUUGGGCUGCAAAUCAGAAUACAUCAUAUGCCUGGAUUGGUCAAGAUGUUCUUGGCAUCUGUUUGAUGAUAUCGGUCCUGCAAUUGGUUCGGUUACCCAAUAUUAAGGUUGCUUCAGUACUUCUCUGUUGUGCAUUUGUUUACGAUAUAUUUUGGGUCUUCCUAUCACCACUUAUAUUCCAUGAAAGUGUUAUGAUUGCGAAUAUGGAAUCAUCUAAGGAUGUUCAGAUGGUUUCCAGUGUGUUCUCGGGAAGUGCAGAUAUUGCUAGUGGGAUGAUAACUACAGUUAAACUUGAUGGAACCAAUUUUUUAGAGUGGUCUCAAUUUGCUAAACUUACCAUUACUGGGAGAGGUAAACUGGGAUUCAUCACAGGAAAGGAGGUGAAGCCAAAUCUUGAAGACCCGAAAUUUACAAAUGGGAACAGGAUAACUCCCUUGUUAUGUCAUGGCUGA